UUUUCACCCCUUUGGUUAUGCCUGAAUCCAGACGAAAGAGAAAGGCCACUGGGCCUCCUGAGGACGCCCAAAUCGUCACCACCAACUUGCACUGGUGCCACAAAGAGAUGCGAGAUCGCCUAAAGAAGAAAAGUGUAAAACCUGCAUCGCCAUACUCAGCAGAGGGAGCAGCCCACCCCACUGGCAGAGCACGCACAAAUACUCUGAUACAGCCCAGUGUUGCUUCUGCAUGCACGAUUUCCACAUGGAUACAAACGCCCAAAGAGCAUAGCGAUUCGGUAAAGGACGAGGCCGCACGCGAGUGGGAACACUACAUUAGCAAACCACAAGCAGGCGUGCUUGAGCUGGCUGAGCCCAAGGCUGCGGAUCGCAGGGAGCGCGCGGCCAAUGUUUCAAAGGUUAUCCACAAGGGCGUCGAGAUGUUUGCGUCCAGCUCCAACCACAUACUAGCCGACGAUGCAGCUAUGCUUGAACAGAUUAUCAUGGCCGACUCAAUCCAUUCCAGCCGCUCGACACGCUCAAAGAAAACAGCUAUCAAAAACCUUGCAUCUGAACUGCGCUUGGCCAGCAACAAGUUCUCAUUGUGGACCAGCACACACAACUCGGCAGAUAGGUUGUCCACCGAAAGACAAUUCUAUCCACCAGUUAUUGCCUUUUUUGUGUUUGUCGGGUUGGUCAGCCACGCACUGGAUACCUGUUCUCUUGGGGAGAAGGCACGGCCAGUACCACUCAGAAAGAUUUUGCCUUGUCACUCGACAGACAAAAUGUGCGAGGAUUCACAGUCGGACGAAAGGAUCGACAUUGGCUUGGAGACGAAGAGCAUAGGCAGUGCAUCUGUUGGCCGCACCUUCAGUUGGCAGAAGGAAAAGGUUGCCACUCUCGAUGAGGCCAUAGUAAUAUGGUACUCAAAACUAUUCUUAGUUAUCGAAGUGAAGCAGGGAAGCACGAAAGGCGACAAGGUUGAUGCUGUACAGCAAUUAUUCC